AUCGGUGAAAACGGUGAACUGUUGCUCAGCUCGCGAAACGUUCAGAGCUCCUCUGUGGUCAUUUAACCGGACACGUUUUUACAAAGUCGGCGGCAGACGACGUAUCGAUGUCUGUGAGUUAACUAUGUGGCUAUCUGACCCCAUUUGGGAGGUUACCUACGCCUCAGGGUGCUGUGGUCAAAACCCAGACAGCUGAGAGUCACGUGACAUGACGUGUAACCAGCAUGGCGGCGCUGAGCUGAGGUAGCAACUCUACUGGACUGACAUCGAUAGCCUGGCUUUCGUUAGCUUUACUUGUCACCUGCUUAUUCGCAGGGCCAGGCCGAAGAUGACGGCCUGAGAGAGGAGCGGUAUCAAGACCCGAGAGAUGCAGCAACAACAACACCGGCCAUCACAGCAGCAGCAGCAGCAGCACUCGCAGUCGAAGGCAGAAAACAGUAAAACUAAGAGCAUGUUUCUGUCUAGGGCGCUGGAGAAAAUCCUCUCGGAUAAGGAGGUGAAGAGGACCCAGCACGGCCAGCUGCGCAAAGCCUGUCAGGUGGCGCUUGAUGAAAUCAAGGCAGAGCUUGAAAAACAAAAGGAUGGCACAGUGGUCCCACCCAGAACCAACUACAUCGAGGCUGACAAAUAUGUGCUGCCCUUCGAGUUGGCCUGUCAGUCAAAGUCCCCCCGGAUAGUUAGCACCUCUUUGGACUGUCUGCAGAAGCUGAUUGCGUACGGCCACAUCACAGGCAACGCCCCGGACAGUAGAACCCCGGGCAAGAGGCUGAUCGACCGGCUGGUGGAAACCAUCUGCAACUGCUUCCAGGGCCCACAGACCGACGAGGGAGUCCAGCUACAGAUCAUCAAGGCCCUGCUGACGGCGGUGACCUCCCCACACAUAGAGAUUCAUGAGGGCACGGUGCUCCUUACCGUCAGGACCUGCUACAACAUCUACCUGGCCAGCCGCAACCUCAUCAACCAGACCACCGCUAAGGCCACACUCACACAGAUGCUCAACGUUAUCUUCACACGAAUGGAAAACCAGGCUGCUCUGGAAGCUCAGGAGCAAGAGAAGGACCGGCUGUGUCUGCCCCAGCAGAACCCGUCCCCAGUCCCAGGUAAUCUGAGGUCUGGCUCCCCCCGGUCUGACCGGACGCCUACCCCAGAGCCCCAGAGCUCCCUGUCCCCAGCAGCCAGUUCUCCAGACCUCACUACCACCAACACUGCCAGCUCCACGCCCCCACCGCCAGCCCCUGACCUGGACCAGGACCAAGCACCAGACACACCAUCAAUCAAUGGAGAACCUGAGGGCAGCAACGCAGAGCAGGUCACACCAUCAAGAGAGUCAGUUUUUGAAGAUGAAGGUGUAGAGACACCUCCUACAGCACCCCAGCCAGCUGAGAAAGGGGACAAACCAGAGAGCAAUCCAAAUCCAGCAGAGUCAGCGGCGACUGAAGGAGAGGAGGGAGAGCAACAGCCAACACAGAUGCACAGUGGAACAGGAGGUGAGCACCCACCCCACCCUGUCACUGAGCAGACAGAGGUGGCUCCCAGAACAGAGGGUCAGCAGAUGAACGGCAUCAUUGAAGACCGCUCUUCGAUUUCCUCCACAGAUAUGCUGGACGCUGAGGCCCUGCAGGGACCCCACAACGCCGCCCGUUUCUCUCACAUCCUGCAGAAAGAUGCCUUUCUGGUGUUCCGCUCUCUGUGCAAACUCUCCAUGAAGCCCCUCGCUGAUGGACCUCCAGACCCAAAGUCCCAUGAGUUGCGGUCCAAGAUUGUCUCCCUGCAGCUGCUGCUGUCUGUGCUGCAGGGUGCCGGGCCGGUGUUUCGCACUCAUGAGAUGUUCGUUAACGCCAUCAAACAGUAUCUGUGCGUCGCGCUGUCCAAAAAUGGCGUCUCCUCUGUGCCUGAGGUCUUUGAGCUCUCACUGGCUAUCUUCCUCACCUUGCUCUCCCACUUCAAGGUCCACCUGAAGAUGCAGAUUGAGGUGUUUUUCCGGGAGAUAUUUCUGACCAUCCUGGAGACAUCGACCAGCUCCUUUGAGCACAAGUGGAUGGUCAUCCAGACACUAACACGCAUCUGUGCAGAUGCCCAAUGUGUGGUUGACAUCUACGUGAACUACGACUGUGACUUGAAUGCAGCCAACAUUUUUGAGCGCCUCGUCAGCGACCUGUCUAAGAUUGCCCAGGGCAGGAGUGGUCAGGAGCUUGGGAUGACUCCUCUGCAGGAGCUGAGCCUGCGUAAAAAGGGUUUGGAGUGUCUGGUGUCCAUCCUCAAAUGUAUGGUGGAGUGGAGCAAAGACAUGUAUGUCAAUCCAAACCUUCAAGCUAACCUGGGCCAGGAGCAUCCAUCUGAUAGUGAGGGAGGAGAGUUAAAGCUCCCAGAGCAGCUGGCGGGUCGUCGAGACAGCAUCAGCUCGCUGGACUCCACUGUCUCCUCCAGCGUCCCGGUUUCCCAGGCGGACCAUCCAGAGCAGUACGAGGUUAUCAAACAGCAGAAAGAUAUCAUCGAGCACGGCAUCGAACUCUUCAACAAGAAGCCGAAGCGUGGUAUCCAGUACCUGCAGGACCAGGGCAUGCUGGGUGCCACAGCUGAGGACAUUUCCCAGUUCCUACAUCAGGAGGACAGACUGGACACUACCCAGGUGGGAGAGUUCCUGGGCGAGAACAUCAAGUUCAACAAGGAAGUGAUGUACUGCUACGUGGACCAGUUGGACUUUUGCGGGCGGGACUUUGUCUCAGCACUCAGAGCGUUCCUGGAAGGCUUCAGGCUGCCUGGUGAGGCCCAGAAGAUUGACAGGCUGAUGGAGAAAUUCGCUGCUCGAUAUCUAGAGUGCAACCAGGGACAGACUCUGUUUGCCAGUGCAGACACUGCCUACGUGCUGGCAUACUCUAUCAUUAUGCUAACCACAGACCUGCACAGUCCUCAGGUGAAGAACAAGAUGACAAAGGAGCAGUACAUCAAGAUGAAUCGCGGUAUUAACGACAGUAAGGACCUGCCCGAAGAGUAUCUGUCUUCUAUAUACGAUGAGAUCGCAGGCAAGAAGAUUGCCAUGAAGGAGAGCAAAGAGUUCUCAAUCACCCCAAAGUCUACCAAGCAGAGUGUAGCCAGUGAGAAGCAGCGCCGCCUGCUGUACAACGUGGAGAUGGAGCAGAUGGCGAAGACCGCUAAAGCUCUGAUGGAGGCUGUCAGCCAUGCUCAGGCCCCCUUCUUCAGCGCUACACACCUGGAGCAUGUCAGGCCCAUGUUCAAGCUGGCGUGGACCCCGUUGCUGGCAGCAUUCAGUGUGGGACUGCAGGACUGUGACGAUCCAGAGGUGGCCUCACUGUGUCUGGAGGGCAUUCGAUGUGCCAUCAGGAUCGCCUGCAUCUUCAGCAUGCAGUUGGAGCGGGAUGCGUAUGUCCAAGCCUUGGCCAGAUUCACCCUGCUGACAGCCAGUUCCAGCAUUACAGAGAUGAAGCAGAAGAACAUUGACACAAUCAAGACGCUGAUCACUGUGGCCCACACUGACGGAAACUACCUGGGCAACUCCUGGCAUGAGAUCUUGAGGUGUAUCAGUCAGCUGGAGCUCGCCCAGUUGAUCGGCACAGGUGUAAAGACACGCUACAUCUCAGGGGUGGUCCGGGACAAGGAGGCUGGCAUCAGGGGCUUACCCUCCGGCACAGAGGAGUUCAUGCCCCUGGGGCUGGGUAACCUGGUGGGAAGUCAGGACAAGAGACAGAUGGCUCACAUCCAGGAGUCCGUAGGAGAGACCAGCUCUCAGAGUGUGGUGGUAGCUGUUGACAGGAUCUUCACUGGUUCCACCAGACUAGAUGGAAAUGCAAUUGUGGACUUUGUGCGUUGGCUGUGUGCGGUGUCCAUGGAUGAGCUGGCCUCCGCACACCAGCCGAGGAUGUUCAGCUUGCAAAAGAUUGUGGAAAUCUCCUACUACAACAUGAACCGCAUCAGGCUGCAGUGGUCUCGAAUUUGGCAGGUCAUAGGAGACCACUUCAACAAGGUGGGCUGUAACCCCAAUGAGGAUGUAGCCAUCUUUGCUGUGGACUCACUGAGGCAGCUCUCCAUGAAGUUCUUGGAGAAAGGAGAGCUGGCCAACUUCCGCUUCCAGAAAGACUUCCUCAGGCCUUUUGAGCACAUCAUGAAGAAGAACAGGUCCCUCACUAUCAGAGACAUGGUGAUUAGGUGUGUGGCUCAGAUGGUAAACUCCCAGGCGGCCAACAUCCGUUCAGGUUGGAAGAACAUCUUCUCAGUGUUUCACCAGGCAGCCUCCGACCACGAUGAGACUAUAGUGGAGCUGGCCUUCCAGACCACUGGGCACAUUGUCAUGAACACCUUCCAGCAGCACUUUGCAGCUGCUAUUGAUUCGUUCCAGGAUGCAGUGAAGUGCCUGUCAGAGUUUGUGUGCAACGCAGCUUUUCCUGACACCAGCAUGGAGGCUAUCAGACUCAUACGACACUGCGCUAAAUACGUCUCAGAAAGGCCACAGACCCUGAGGGAAUACACCAGUGAUGACAUGAAUGUUGCCCCUGGUGAUCGGGUGUGGGUUCGUGGCUGGUUUCCCAUUCUGUUUGAACUCUCUUGUAUCAUCAAUCGCUGCAAGCUGGAUGUCCGGACCAGAGGUCUCACAGUCAUGUUUGAGAUCAUGAAGAGUUACGGUCACACCUUCGAGAAGCACUGGUGGCACGACCUCUUCAGAAUCGUCUUCCGCAUCUUCGACAACAUGAAGCUCCCCGAGCAGCAGACAGAGAAAACCGAGUGGAUGACGACAACAUGUAACCACGCACUGUAUGCCAUCUGUGACGUGUUCACCCAGUUUUAUGAGCCUCUCAGCGAAAUCCUGCUGGCUGACAUUUUCACACAGCUACAGUGGUGUGUCAGGCAAGACAACGAGCAGCUGGCUCGGUCAGGGACAAACUGUCUGGAGAACCUGGUGAUUCUGAACGGGGAGAAGUUCAGCCCCGAGGUUUGGAACAUCACCUGCUCCUGUAUGCUGGAGAUCUUCCAAAACACCAGCCCUCACACUUUGUUGACUUGGCGACCUGCUGGACAGGAAGAGGAAACUGCAGAUGGCAAGCAUUUUGACGCUGAUUUUGACAGUCAGUCCCAGAGCAGCUAUGACAGAGCUCUGUCUGAGAGAGGACACAGCCAGAUGUCCAGCGACGACACCUGGAAGGGCAAGUCCAAUGCUAGAGUUUCUGACCAGAAGCUGUUUGCAGGGCUGCUGAUUAAAUGCGUUGUACAGCUUGAACUAAUACAGACCAUAGACAACAUUGUCUUCUACCCAGCAACCAGCAAGAAGGAGGAUGCAGAGAACAUGGCUGCUGCACAGCGAGAUGCUCUGGAAGAGUCGGAGGCCGACGGAGGCGAGGCGGGUCCAGAUCAGGGUAUGUACAGACACAUGACUUCUGCACACCUCUUCAAGUUGCUGGACUGUCUGCUGGAGUCGCACACCUUCGCCAAGGACUUCAACUCUAACAACGAACAGAGGACAACACUCUGGAGGGCAGGCUUUAAAGGGAAAUCCAAGCCCAACUUGUUGAAGCAGGAGACGAGCAGUCUUGCCUGCAGCCUGAGGAUCUUGUUCAGGAUGUACUCUGACACUCAGCUGCAGGACUCGUGGCCUGACAUCCAGACACGCCUACUGCUGGUGUGUAGUGAAGCUCUGGCCUACUUCAUCAGUCUGACCUCAGAGAGCCACAGAGAGGCUUGGAACAGCCUGCUGAUGCUGCUGCUCACCAGGACGCUACGGCUGCCUGAUGAUAAGUUCAAGCCCCAUGCUUCCUGCUACUACCCCCACCUGUGUGAAAUGAUGCAGUUUGACCUGAUCCCUGAGCUGCGGGCCGUCCUCAGGCGCUUCUUCCUGCGCAUCGGCUCCGUCUUCCACAUCGCUGCUCUCGAGGGGGCGCCUGCCCGGACUCCCACAUCCUAGGGUGGGUGCAGGGUCAGGUGGAGGGACGGUGAAGAAAUUGAGAUGACGGCAGACAAUGACAAGUAGAUCACAGGUGGACGCAUAAGAGACUUCUUUUGGACCGGAACAUAUUACAGAGGGGCUGCAGUGUCAGCAGGAAGACGACAAAGACUGUAGCUUUUCUGUCUCAGUUCAGGACUCUGCAUUAAAGUGUUGAGCUUUUCUACAGCACUCAUCUUGUAGAAAAGUCUCUACCCUGUCCUUCCUCCCUUCUUUCUCUCGGGGAUGAACAGCACUGUGACCAGCACUCUCUGCUGACUGUAGUCAUUCAUCAUCCCCCAGACUAUCAUCUCAAACUGUAAUGACUAGAAAAGAACUGUAAACAAAUAAUUUAUUGAUAUUAUUGCAAACCUUGUACCUGAUUUUGAUGGAUUGUUUUUCUGUUUGUUUUGUUUUUUUAAUACUUAACAAAAAAAAAAAGUAUAUCUACGUGCUAAAAGCAAAUGAACGACACCGUUGAAUUAGAUGAACCUUACAUUUGCCCUUUGCGAACAUCUCUUUUGGCCACCUGUGCCUGUUAGAAAAUGAUGACGCCAUCAGUGUCGCCCUUAUUGUGAGUUUGGUGAUCUAAUCAAAAUAUAUUGUAAUAUCUGAACCCUCAUGUAUCAAAGCAUCGUUUGUCACUUUAAUGUUUAUGUUCCCUCUUAUGUCUGUUAUUUGGCAGCGCGCUGUUGCCAUUGUUGUUGAGACUGAAACUCUCAGCUGCAGGUGAAAACAAUCUGCAUCUCCUACAACACUAUCAAAGAUCUAAUGCGGCUCUGUUUGUGAAGUCUCUGUCACACAACCGUCCUGUAAUUUCUUGCCUGUCAAUGAGAUUUUACUUAAUUUAUUUUGGUCACUUGCUUUAAUUUGAUUUUGUUUUUUUCAGGAUAAUUGCUGGUUUACAAUGAAAGCUUGGCUGAAAGACUGGCUACUUCCCUCUGUCAUACAUUCCUUUGUGUGUUGACCCAGUAAGCCUUACACUGAAGGACUUAACGUGGAGUCGGUCCUCCUGGCUUUAGAAUUACAGCUGGCUCAUAAAACCCUCCACUAAUCCAUUAAUUGGCCCCAUAAGGUGACACAGUGGUUGUCUAUUUCCCACACUCUUUUGCACAUCUGUUGCCGACAGUUUGCUCAUGUAUUAACACCGCCCAGUGUACCACCUUGCUCUGAAUGGUUGGAGUGCCCAUCAGUGUUGUCACAUUCAAUGGCAGAGUUCAACCACAGAACGGUUCAGGAACGGAGCGAAACCAAAACUCGCAUCGACAGAGAUACUGGAGUCUCUGCAUCCUGGAUCCUUCGUAGUUUAUUCCAUGCCUUUUUUUAAAAAAGAAGGAUGUAUGUAAUUAUUUAAAGUGCAUUUAAAUAUUUUUUGAGAAGCAUUCCUUCCCUCGCAAACUAUGGAUGUCUACUUUUCUUCCCUAAAGCUAGGGAAUAUAUAAAUAUAUAUAUAUACAGUAAAUGAAAAAAUGCAGACUGUAAAGUUUUCAAUGUAAGAUACAUAGAAAUGAAAGUGCUAUACGGUUCUAUACAUGAUAUUGUGAUGUAAUCUUCCAAGCAUUUGGUGAAGUAAUCAAUAAACCUGAAUUCUGAUCCAC